UUCAAAACACACCCACACGUUUAAUUGAGAAUCCCUAUACUCGGCAGAUCCAUCCCCAACGCCCUUAUUCCCUUUCUUCACCAUCUUCUUCAGAAACUCUCCUCUGCCUUCUUCUCCAGCCGCCGCUCCUCCUCCGUCGCCUUCCACUCCUCAAGAAAUUCUCUCUAGCUCUAGAUCUCUCUCUCGCUCCUUCUCUCUCUAGCCGCUUCUCGCAGUCGCCGACUCCGAUUCUCACUGGCGCCGCUCCCGAUUCUCGCUGCCGCCGCCGAUUCUCGUUGCCGAAAAGCGAGAGACAUCUCUCCUCACCAUCAACACCUCCUCCUUCUUUCCGGUUGCUGCAAUUGUUACUCAGCCACCUUGAAGAAGGGAUAGGGGGGAAAAGUUGUUGCCUUCUCCAAUAGCACAAUUUGCUCUUGAUAGAAACUUCCCUUCCGACUUUAUUUUCACACCCGAACGGGCGGGAGAGAACUAUUUAUUUUUGUUCUCUGGGGACAAGCAUUUGUGAAGUAAACUUUCAUUUAUGAUGGUAUAGCUUGGACGUGCAUGCAUGAAGAUGUUCUUAAGAAAUCGUGGAAUUAUACAUCGUUUUGAUUUCAAGGUCCGUAAAAUCUAUGAUUUUUCUAGACCAUUCUCGUCGAAUGGAUCGUUUUCAGAAUCUGAAGGGAAAGUUGUUCCCUUUGUGGAUGGUGAUGUGCCCGAAAAUUCGGUGAAAGCUGAAGGUACAAGACAAGGAGUUGAUGAGAUAUGCCAGAUAUUGGAGAGUGGUCCCUGGGGACCUUCUCUUGAGAAUUCUCUGUUGGUGAAUUGUGGGAAACCUCAACCCGAAUCCGUCAUUCGAGUCUUGAGGAGACUUAAGGACAUAAAUCUAGCCGUGAACUAUUUUCGUUGGUCCGAGAGACAAAUUGACGAAGCACAUUGUCCGGAAGCAUACAAUUCGCUUCUGAUGGUCAUGGCUAGGAGUAGAAAUUUCAAUUGGUUGGAGCAGAUUUUGGAAGAAAUGAGUGUAGCGGGAAUUGGCCCGUCAAAUUAUGCUAGUCUUGAGUUAGUUUUAAGCUGUGUCAAGUCACAGAAACUGAGAGAAGCUUUUGAUCUAAUACAGACCAUGAGGAGGUUCAAAUUCCGCCCGGCAUUUUCAGCUUACACGACUUUGAUUGGCGCUCUAUCCGCAGCUCAUAAAGCUGAUCUCGUGCUCACUCUCUUUCAUGAGAUGCAGAAGCUAGGCUAUGAAGUAAGUGUGCACCUAUUUACGACCGUAAUUCGUGUCUUUGCUAGAGAAGGAAGGGUCGAUGCCGCCCUGUCCUUGUUGGAUGAAAUGAAGAGCAACUCGCUUGAUGCGGAUAUUGUUCUUUAUAAUGUCUGUAUAGAUUGUUUUGGUAAGGUUGGUAAGGUGGAUAUGGCCUGGAAAUUUUUUCAUGAGAUGCAGGCACACGGGUUAAGGCCCGAUGACGUUACGUAUACCAGCAUGAUAGGAGUUCUUUGCAAAGCCGGCAAAUUGAAUGAAGCUGUUGAUUUAUUUGAACAGAUGGACCUUAACAGGACAGUACCGUGUGCGUAUGCAUACAACACCAUGAUCAUGGGCUAUAGUUCAGCCGGAAAAUUUGAUGAAGCUUACAGCUUACUAGAGAGGCAAAAAAGAAAGGGCUGCAUUCCGAGUGUGAUUGCAUAUAAUUGCAUUCUCACCGGUCUAGGGAGAAAGGGAAGAGUAGAUGAAGCGUUAAGGAUUUUCGAGGAGAUGAAGAAAGAUGCAGUGCCCAAUCUUCCAACUUAUAACAUUCUAAUAGACAUGCUUUGCAGAGAGGGAAAGCUCGAGGAUGCUUUGUGGGUUCGGGAUGCCAUGAAAGAAGCCGGUUUGUAUCCUAAUGUUAUGACUACAAACAUAAUGAUUGAUCGACUUUGUAAAGCUCAGAAGAUUGAUGCAGCUUGUUCGAUAUUCGACGGGAUGGAUCACAAAGUUUGCACCCCGGAUGAGGUUACAUUUUGUUCUCUUAUUGAUGGCCUCGGCAAACAAGGAAGAGUGGAUGAUGCCUACAGGCUUUACGAAAAGAUGUUGGACACUGAUUGGGUUCCAACUGCUGUUUUGUAUACAUCCCUCAUUAUGAACUUUUUCAAGUGGGGCAGGAAAGAGGAUGGUCACAAAAUAUACAAGGAAAUGGUGCGCCGGGGUUGUCCGGCUGAUUUGAUGCUCCUUAAUACCUAUAUGGAUUGUGUUUUCAAGGCCGGUGAAAUUGAGAAGGGUAAAGCUUUGUUUAAGGAAAUUAAGGCUCAAGGAUUCAACCCCGACGUGAGGAGCUUUUCGAUCCUAAUCCAUGGCCUUGUAAAAGCUGGUUUUGCACAUGAGACCUAUGAGUUGUUUUAUGCAAUGAAGGAGCAAGGAUGUGUUUUGGAUACCCGCGCUUACAACACUGUUAUCGAUGGAUUCUGCAAAUCGGGCAAGGUGAACAAAGCGUACCAGCUUCUCGAGGAAAUGAAGAUAAAGGGUCACCAACCAACUGUCGUUACCUACGGUUCUGUCAUUGAUGGGCUUGCCAAGAUUGAUAGGCUUGAUGAAGCUUACAUGCUUUUUGAAGAAGCAAAGUCAAAGGGUAUAGAGUUGAAUUUAGUCAUCUACAGUAGUCUGAUUGAUGGGUUUGGGAAGGUGGGUAGAGUUGAUGAAGCCUACUUAAUAAUGGAAGAGUUGAUGCAGAAAGGUUUGACCCCCAACGUAUACACAUGGAAUUGCUUGCUCGACGCCCUCGUGAAAGCUGAUGAGAUCGACGAGGCCCUCGUGUGCUUUCAGUCGAUGAAGGACUUGAAUUGUGCUCCAAACCAUGUAACUUAUAGCAUCCUGAUAAAUGGAUUUUGUAGAGUUAGGAAAUUCAACAAGGCUUUCGUGUACUGGCAAGAGAUGCAGAAACUUGGGUUGAAACCGAAUGCAAUCACCUACACCACCAUGAUAUCGGGACUAGCAAAGGCCGGGAACAUAGUGGAGGCGAAUAGGCUUUUCGAGAGGUUCAAGGCGAGUGGUGGAACUCCCGAUUCGGCUAGCUACAAUGCCAUGAUAGAAGGGUUGAGCAUCACGAAUAGGGCGAUAGACGCGUAUGCGCUUUUCGAGGAAACUCGAUUGAAAGGGUUCAGGAUUCAUAGCAAGACUUGUGUUGUGCUCUUGGAUGCAUUGCACAAGGAUGAAUGCCUUGAGCAGGCAGCAAUUGUGGGUGUUGUCUUGAAGGAAACGGCGAAGUCUCAACACGCUUCAAGGUCAUGGUAAUGUUGUCGUUUUCGAGCAUAGAUUUGGAGGAACUGACGUAGCUUAAAUAUUGUUUCUAUACAAGGGUUGGAGAAGCAAUUAUAAUCCUGGAGAGAUUUUAUUUAAUCAUAUUGAGGCCAAAUCGUUGUACUACUUGGAGAAGCAAGUUUUUUUUUCGUGUUAUUUCAUUUUUUACGUAUUUGCAUCUAAAAGAUGCCAAGCAUUUUCUAAAUGCCUGAAAAAAACAGGGAAAAAAAAGAAGGAAAAAAGUUAAUUUCAAUAUCUCAUAAUUUUUGUGUAGCCAAUGCUUUUGCAAAGAAGUUGGCUUCGUAUGGGUUUUAUUCUGGUUAUUGAAAGGCAUUAUUCAUCAAGUUGGCUGCGAUGGCAAUGGUGAUCUCGUGGAAUUGAUAAUGCGGAACUAGAUCUGCCAGCUCCAGAGAAGAUAGCUCUACAUCGGACCAGAAGUGCAGCAGCCUUCAUUCACAUGAAUUUUCGGAUAAAACCAUAUACGACAAUAGCACUUGACCACAACCUUCAUUCAAUCUUGCCAGAACUUGGACGGAGAGGAGAGAGGGGUGGAGAGAGAAAUUUCAGAUUAUAUGAAAAUUGAUAAUAUAUAUGUAUAUAUGUGUUUAAAGUUUCAAUCGGGGUAAUUUGAUCAUUUAAUUGAAUGAUCAAGAAGGCAAUUAAGAUUUCACAUUAUUUUUAAGAGUCAACCAUGCGAGUCUUUUUUUU